ACUCCCUCUCCCUCUCUCUCUUCUAUAGGAAAUCACACCUAAUUGGUUCUCUUCUCCUCCAAUCAUCACACACAUACACACACACGACGAUCCCCAAAACCUCUUUCUUUUAUUCACUGCUAUCCUUUUUACUCUCCUCAGAUACAUAUUAGUAGUAUAAUAGUAAUGGUCUAUCAAAACCUUUAAACCUUAGCUUUCUUUCUCACCAGCUUUUGUCCUUUAGGGUUAUUUUCCAAAAUGAGUAUGCCAUGGAGUGGUUCUUAUACCGAGUCAACUCGCUCCAGUCGUUCUACUCGACCCACUUACCUCCCUCCUCACCUGCGUAACCCAUCGCUUCCUCCACGUUCAAAUGUUGAACAACUGAAUGUAAAUGCAUAUGAUGAUGUUCCAGUGGAGGUUAGUGGGGCUGAUAUUCCGGAGCCACUCUCGUCGUUUUCGGAAAUUGGUGACUUGUAUGAUAACAUAAGGAGGUGCAAGUAUGCGAAGCCAACGCCCAUUCAGCGAUACGCAAUACCAGUCGGAAUGGCCGGGAGAGACGUGAUGGCUUGUGCUCAGACCGGUUCAGGGAAAACGGCCGCGUUUUGCUUUCCCAUUAUCAGUGGGAUUUUGAAGGACAAAAGGACUACUGCUAGUAUUAGUACUAGGGGAAGGGGGGGUUGCGCUUUUCCUCUUGCUCUCAUACUCUCUCCUACUAGAGAGUUGUCUUGUCAGAUACAUGAAGAGGCGAAGAAGUUCUCUUACUUGACAGGAUUGAAGGUUGUGGUUGUAUAUGGAGGAGCACCCAUAACGCCUCAGUUACGCAAUCUGGAAAAGGGUGUUGACAUUUUAGUUGCCACACCUGGGCGCUUGGUGGACAUGAUAGAGAAAUCCAGAGUUUCCUUACAAGCAGUGAAAUAUUUGGCCUUAGAUGAAGCUGAUCGGAUGCUUGAUAUGGGCUUUGAGCCCCAAGUUCGUAAGAUUGUUCAGAAAAUGAAGAUGCCCCCACCUGGUAGAAGGCAGACAAUGCUUUUUAGUGCAACAUUUCCAACUGAGAUACAGAGGCUUGCAUCGGAUUUUCUUUCAAACUACAUCUUCUUGGCGGCUGGAAAAGUUGGGUCCAGCACUGAUCUAAUAGUUCAAAAAGUUGAGUUUGUUCCUGAUACGGACAAGAAGGAUCAUUUACUAAAUCUUCUUCAUGCUCAACAUUCAAAUCAAAUGGAUGCAAAGCUGGCUUUGACUCUAAUAUUUGUGGAGACCAAAAGAGGAGCAGAUACAUUAGAGCGUUGGUUGGUCAGGAGUGGUAUCCCGUCUAUUGCCAUUCAUGGUGAUAAAAUGCAGUUUGAGAGAGAACGAGCGCUAAAAUCAUUUAAAAGUGGACAAACUCCUGUUUUAGUUGCAACUGAUGUAGCUGCUCGCGGUCUGGAUGUUCCAAAUGUUGCUCAUGUCAUAAAUUUUGACUUGCCAAGGAACAUAGAUGACUAUGUACACAGAAUUGGACGAACAGGUCGUGCUGGUAAAUCUGGACUGGCAACUGCAUUUUUCAAUGACAAGAAUGUACCUUUGGCAAAGGAUCUUGUUGAAUUGAUGCAGGGGGCAAAUCAAGAAAUUCCUAAUUGGCUGAGUGAAUAUGCUGAAACAUGUUACAGCAGUGAUGGUGCUAGAACAAGUCGCUAUGUUGGAAGUAAGUUCGGGGGCUAUGAUUACAGGAGUGCUUCCUUCCAUAGUGGUAGUGGAAACUACUCUAGCCAGUUUGUUGAUGCAGAAGAUGCUACUAAUUAUGCUGUGUCUGCUAGUGCUUUCACCUACGGUGCUCCUUUUGCAGCGGGUUGUUAUGGUCCUUCUGAAACGGACUCCUUUCCUGCUGCUUCAUACAGUUACAGUGUUGAUUAUGCACCUGUUACUGCUACUGGCUGGGAUUGAAAAUUCAGGUUGUAUAGCCCCGCAAAUAUUGUGACAGUUGUGGUAGUAAGCUUUUGCUAGUUGACUACUAAGUACUAAUUAAGCUUUUGCUAGUUGACUACUAAUUGAAGGACAUUGUAGAUGUUCAUGUUGACUUCAGAUUCAUAGAGGCAGAAUGGUGAUACAUAUACUUUCUCGAAUUGAUCUGUCUGACUUAUAAUUUUGGGAUCAUCUAAUGCUUUUGGCUCCAUAGAUAUAUUUAAGGUCCUUUGCUGGAUGAAUUAUGUUAUGUAUUUCAAACGAUAUUCCUGUUAUAUCUGGUUAUGUCAUGGGCCAUAAUUUCUUA